AGAGAGGAGGUGUAGAGUUGGUAGCACACACAAUUUUGCUCUCUUACUUUCCCCGAAGAGGAGGGACAGGUGUUGCUGCCAAACCCAGAGGACUGUCAAAGUAGACUUUUGAUCGUGUUUGGAUCUGUUGGAGUGUUAAUAUCUAAAGAUGAUAUAAGAGAGACAACAAUGGAGCUCGAAGAGACGGAGACCGAUGGGUUACCUUCCUGGUCUCCUGUAUCAAGAGAGAGACUCCUGACAUGUGCCAACCUUUCUGAUUUUGCAGGGAAAAAAAGGAAACAGGACCCAAGCAGUGAUGCUGAAUUUUCAGCCCGAGCCUCAGAAGACUAUGAUGAAGAUGACUUUCCCACUGAUCUCCCACAUGACUCUGAGGGACCUUGUAACAAGAGAGUCAAACCAGUGGACAAAAGUAGUGGAGUUACAGGUAUUAUAGCGCCAGUGAAGACCCCUGCACUGAAACGGUUGGGACAGUCCAUCCAGAGGUCCAUCAGCUUCCGUACAGAAGCACGGCCAAUGCCACCAAUGCCGAUUCGGACACGUCAGAAGGCUUCUUCUUUCCCACGACGACGCAGCAGCCAGCUGUGGAGUGACACUGUUGACAGCCUGAGCCAGGAGCUUAGCGCCAAAGAGAUUAAGAGACAGGAGGUGAUAUAUGAAAUGACGCAAGGAGAAAAGCAGUUGAUAGAAGACCUCAAUUUGGUCAAAAAGGUUUACUAUGAGCCAAUGCUGAAACUGGACAUCAUGACAGAAAGUGAAUUGGGUCAGAUAUUUGGGACUCUUGAUUCUCUGAUUCCUCUCCAUGAAGAUUUUUUGGCUCGUCUGGAAGGGCUGCGAGGGGUGGAGAAGACAGUGGGAGAGGUUGGGCCGACCUUGCUGGACUGGUUCCCUUGCCUGGAUGCCUAUAUCACUUACUGCUGUAACCAAGUGGGUGCCAAAGCCUUGCUAGACCAGAAAAAGCAGGUACGACGUGUUGAGGAGUUCCUCCGCUUGUGCCAAGAGUCAUCCUUCAGCAGGAAACUGGACUUGUGGAACUUCCUGGAUCUGCCACGCAGUCGCCUGGUGAAGUACCCGCUCCUUCUGAAGGAGAUCCAGAAGAGUACGCCACAUGAUCAUCCUGAUGAGGACACGCUGCCUCAGGCUAUACAGCUAAUCCAGAGCAUUAUUACUGAGGUGAACCGUAAGACCGGCGAGGCUGAGUGUCAGUUUUACAAACGAGGCCUGUGCUACUCAGAGGAGGGGCAAAGAGUUCCGGAGAUUCAUGCCUCACACUUUCUCUACUGCCAUGGCGAACUCAAAAACACCAAAGGACAGAAGCUGCACGUGUUCUUGUUCGAGCUGGUGCUGGUUUUGACUCGCCCAGUGGUGCAGGACAAAGAAGGCAUGGUGCAGUUCCAGGUUUAUCGUCAACCCUUACCUGCUUCCCAGAUCCUGCUGGAGGACCUGCCUGACGGAGAGGCCAGCAGUUCUGGAUCCUUCCGUGGCGCCUUCACUGGCAAUGACAAAGUGAAGAACUGCUUCCGUGUGAGCAGCAGGGGGCGCACAAAGGCUCAGUCGCACAGCCUGCAGGCCAAUGACUCCUUCAACAAGCAGCAGUGGAUUUCCUGUUUGCGACAAGCCAUCAUCCAAUCGAGAGACAGAGAUGCUCAGGCCAGCCAAUCCAAAGCCUACCUAAGCCCCGAGCCUCCACUUGACCACAUCGCUGAACUGAGCCUGAAUUCUGAUGUGGAGAUGAUAGACACAUAGGUCAUAGGUGACCUCACUUUACAAGGACAAAGCUAAUGUUUCCCAUCCAUACAGUCUCUCACGUUCCAUGCAAGGACCUGAUGAAGUUUACAAACUUUCUUAUUAUAAAAGUGAACGGUAUUUAUAUGAAUGGUUCAGCCAGACUGAAGAACAUGUAAAGUGGUUCAUUCACGCGUGUUUGCCUAAUGGACACUUACUCACUCAAUGAGUCCAUGAGCUCAUUCCUGUUUUCUAUGUAGCUUAUAGACUUAUAAUUAAGGCUCACAAACAGUAAUUUGAAUGUGAUGAUGUAUGGUACAUUAUGCCUAGUAACUGCUUGUGAGUAAUAUGAUAGCAUCUGAUGGUGAAUUUGAUUACAGAAAUUAGACAUUUUUCUUACAGACUCCCCCCUCUGUUAAACUGACAGUUUUCAUGUGAAGUUGAUUUUCAGCUGUGGCAGAGAUGGAGCUAUUCACUUAUGGAUUUUGGAUUUUUGUGCCAUGAAUAAAUAUUAUUCGGUUGUCUGUAGAUAUGUAUUAGCUUGAAGUGCAAUAACAAGCUCAUACACCCUGAUGCAUUUUGUCUUUUUUUUUUAUCUUUGAAUUGUACCUAAAAUACAAUAAAAUUUCAAGUCUGCAGAAUGUUAGGACCAAAAAAAAAAAAAAGGCAAAGAAAUGUCAUUUAUAGCACCAAAGCAUUUGGUGUGUUAGAUUCCAAAAAUGUUCAUUUUACAAUCUCUAACGAAAAUGGUCAAAUAGUACAUGUUAAUCUCUCUAAUGAAGAAUGUAUUUAUGAUGUGUAUGCCCAAACCUUACCUUUCUAACUGCCUUUUUUCACGUCUGUAAUUUUUGAAAUCUGUAUCCUACAGUGUCUUGCAAAAGUAUUCAUUCCCCUUUUGUGUUUGUCCUGUUUUGUCACGUUACAAGCUGGAAUUAAAAUGGAUUUUUUUUUGGGGGGGUUAGCACCAUUUGAUUUACGCAACAGGCCAACCACUUUAAAGGUACAAAAAAAGAAAAUAUUUUUCUUGCCUGUGACCCUGUAGAACAGGAUAAGUGGCUACAGAGGAUGGAUGGAUGUCCUGCUGGAAUGUGAACCUUUGUCCCAGUCUCAAACCUCUGGCUGACUCAAACAGGUUUGCCUUGCAUUUCGUGCCAUCCAUCUUUCCUUCAGUCCUGACCAGCUUUCCUGUUCCUGCAGAUGAAAAAUAUCCCCACAGCAUGAUGAUGCCACCACCAUGCUUCACUGUAGGAAUGGUGCUCUUGGGGUGAUGGGAAGAGUUGGUAUUUCCCAUGAUGGCAAAAAAAUUUAAUUUUUGUCUCAUUUAACCAGAGAAUCAUCUUCCAUGUGUUUGGGGAGUCACCACUGUUGGACAAACUCAAUGUUUUUUUCUUUUUUCUUGAAGCAAUUACUUUUUUUUUUCUGGCCACUCUUCCAUAAAGCCCCCCUCUGUGGCGCGCAUAGCUUAAAGUGGUCCUAUGGACGAAGACUCCCAUCUCCACUGUGGAUCUUUGCAGCUCCUACGGUGUUCUCUUUGGUGUCUUUGUUGCAUCUCUGAUUAAUGCCCUCCUUGCCCGGUCUGUGAGUUUUGGUGGGCAGCCUUCUCUUGUCAGGUUUGUAGUGGUGACACAUUCUUUCCAUUUUGCUAUAAUGGAUUUAAUGGUGCUCCCUGGGAUAUUCAAAGUUUGGGAUAUUUUUUAUAACCCGACCCUGAUCUAUACUUCUCCACAGCUUUGUCUCUGACCUGUCUGGAGUGCUCCUUGGUUUUCAUGUUGCUUGCUUAGUAGUGUUGCAGAGUCAGGGUCCUUCUAGAACAGGUUGGUUUAUACAGACAUCAUGUGACACUUUGAUUGCACACAGGUAGAUCUUAAUCAGUUAAUUAUGUGAUUUAUAAAGUGAAUUGGCUGGACCAGCUCUUAUUUAGGGGUUUCAUAUGAAAAGGGGUGAAUACUUGUGCACGCUCCAGAUUUCUGUUUUUUCAUCUUAAUUUUUAUUUGUGUCAUAAUAAAAGAACGAUGUGUACCUUUCAA